AUGUCGUCAGGAGUGGCUGUGCGUGGACGGGUUCAUGAACACGCUCCAUUUGUGCACAAGCGGUCUCGUUCAGACAGAGACCCCUAUGUCACUAUUGUAUCAGAUGACAUAAUGCAAGAUUUUAUUCUACAUCAGUGGUUCCACAUAUAUGCCUUCUCUGAAGCUGGUGGAACAACAAUAAUCCCCCAAACAGAUCCGGACAUCCCAAUUGGGCAACGGGAUGAAACCGGUGCUUUUGAUAUUCACAAGACAAAAUGUGCUGUGUAGCUGUGGCAGGUGAAGCGAAAAAGUACAAUUUUCAAUUGAGGAUUUUAUUUGUUUAGUAGCGCCGAACGAGCAAUAGUCCUUUAGGAUGGCAAAACAGAUUGAGUAGAAAGCAGUUUCAUUUGUCACAUGAGUUUUCUCAACCGUGGCUUCGUUUUUUACACUUUAUAAAGAGACAGGUUUUUGGAGAUGCUCUUACGCGGAACUCAUCAUAUUACUUGAUCUCCACGUGAUAAUUGUCACAUCUCUACUUGUGUUUUUCUACUUGUGUUUAAAUUUACUGACUGUACAGAUGCCACGUCUCUUACUGUGGGCAUGAUCACUGGGGCCAUCAUUGUUCAUUAUAUGCGACUUGUAUUUUUAUCAUAUUGAAUUGUGUUAGCGCAUCGAACUAGUGA